CUGAUCUGUGGGCCCCUUACUAAUCCAAUCCAUCUUUAUCGUCAUCAUUGAAUUAGGGCAGAUGAACCCAACUCGAUCCUCGUGUACGCGUGAGAUCUCACGCCAUUGAUCCGCCAAGGUGCAGUCCACCAUCGUAUAUAUAUCUCCUUUUGCACCGUAAAAUCUCUCACUCUUCACUGUCCGUACACUCGCAUGGCCUUCACUUCCUCGCCGGUUAACUCCUGAAAUUUCGAGAUCAAAGUUUUUUCCGGUACCGGGAACCGCCUCGCCGACAAGUACAUGUGCAUUCUCGUUGCGUUUGCGUAUAUGUCUGCGUAUAACAUUGAAUUCCGAGCUCUUUGUUAAGUAAGGAUCCACAUUCCAAGUGUUCUUGAAUUCAAUGAUGGAAGGAAGAUACCGUGCACAUUGCUACACACUUCUGCAGCAUUUUAGUGUCUAUGGAAGGAGGAUGCUCUCAACUUUAAAUUAGGUUGUUUCUGGGAAGGGCUUUGAAUGGUCUGUUAUAUCUAAAAGUCAAUGGGUUAGAACUUGCAAGUUUCAACUAUAUCAAGCCUGCCUUUGUUCUUACUCCCAAGUCUAAAGAGUUCUUGGGCAUAGACUAGCAUCGCGAACUGGGAUCGCUCGCCAGCUAGGUCAGAUUGGAGCAAGAUUUUUUGAGAAAAAAUUCCCCUUAUUCGGGGACAAGGGGCGGAACAACCUCUCGAUCUACUUACUGCAGCCCAAAUUUAUAAGCGGUUAAACGUCGUCUAGGCGUUCCCUGUUGCUCCGAUCUCCCCUACGCCUAGGACGUUGUCUGGGCCAAGAGCCAUAGACGUCUCUCUUACAGAGUGAUCUAUAUAAGUGAUCCUGCAAUGGCUUACAAUAAUUCGACAGUUGAGCCAAAGCGUUCCCAUCAGUGGUUCAUGGAUGGCAUUGAGCCAGAGUUACUCCCCAACAAGAAACAAGCCUUUGAUGUGACAAACAACCAUUCAUUUACUGCACUUUUAAAUUCCAACAUCUCACCUUGGAUGAAUGCUUCCAGUUUCCACUCCCUACCAGGGCAGUACAGUGAGAGGCUUUUAGAUGGUGAUAUUGGAAGACCUGUUAAUUAUGAUGAUAGGAAUGUUAUGUCAAUUGGCUUUGGCGGCAGGAGUAUGGCUAGAAAGUCGGUGGAGGAUUCCUUUGGAACUGAUUCUUCAUUUGGUUUAUCGAUAGCUGAGGGCCUGGAGGAUCCUCGGUUGAGCCUAAACUAUGGAGGAAUUAGAAAAGUUAAAGUCAGCCAGGUGAAGGAUACUGAUAAAUUUAUGCCUGUGACAAUGGUUGAUAACUAUACCAUGGGAGUUAACAGUACUGUGCCAACAGAUCAUGGAUUUUGCAAGGUAGAUGGCACCACAGUAUCCAUGGGACUAUCUUUCAAUAGAGUAGAUGACAAUGUGAUGCCACUGGGAGACACUUUUAAUAGGGAAGAUAGUAGUUUUAUAUCCAUGAGUCAACCUCUUAACAAAAUGAACGCCAAUGAACUGACAGGUAGCCACAGCUUCAAGGAGAGAGAUUGUUAUUUAUCAGUUAAUCAUUCUUUUGAUAAGGAUGAUACAAGCAUUGCAACACAUGGUCAAACCUUCAGCAGAGAUGACAGUAACUCCAUUUCAGUAGGUAACUCAAUCAAGGAUAAUAGUCCUGCAUUCAUGGGUCAGUCAUUUAGGAAUGAUGAUAGCAGCAAUACACCACUGGGUCAAAACUUCAAUAAGACAACUGACUCCACUGCAUUAAUGGCUAACUGUUAUGGCAGGGUAAAUGAAAGUGCAAUUUCACUAAUGCAAACAUAUAACGAAGUUGACAGCAAUAAUGUGUCAAUGGGUCACUCUUUUGGAAGAGAGGGCAAUAUCAUUUCGUUUGGUGGAUUUGACAAUGAUGAUGAUGUUAAUGCAUCCGGUAGGCUCUUAUCUAGCUAUGACUUAUUGAUGGCUCAGUCAUCUGGCAAAAGAUCAGAAAACCCGUGUGAAAAGGGGUUGGUUGAAUCUAAUGCUGAUAAACUUACAAAUGCUUCCCUAAUUUCUGCAAGUGGUGGAGCUGUUACUAAGAAGGAUGAGCAAAAAGCAAAUAAAAAGCCUGCUCCAAACAGCUUCCCUUCAAAUGUUAGGAGUUUACUGUCAACUGGUAUAUUUGAUGGAGUUCCUGUCAAGUACAUUGCAUGGUCACGGGAGAAGGAGCUUCGUGGCAUUAUAAAGGGUACCGGUUAUCUCUGUGGCUGUCAGUCCUGUAUCUUCUCCAAGACAAUUAAUGCAUAUGAGUUUGAGCGUCAUGCUGGUUGUAAAACAAAACACCCAAAUAAUCACAUUUACUUUGAGAAUGGGAAGACAAUUUAUGGGAUUGUUCAAGAGCUCAGGAAUACACGUCAGGAUUUGCUGUUUGAAGUUAUCCAGACAAUCAGUGGAUCACCUAUUAACCAAAAAUCUUUUCGUAUUUGGAAAGAAUCCUUUCUAGCUGCUACACGUGAACUUCAGAGGAUAUAUGCGAAGGAUGAAGGAAAACUAUUGUCUUGAAGUAGUGACAGUAAAAAGUGAGGAUUAAUCAUCAAGUUGUGCAUGAGCUACCAGAACUACUGCAAGCUCCUUUUCCUAGCCAAAUUGGGUAAAUUUUUGUUGAUGUAAAUUGCAUUUGGUGGAUGUAAAUUAUGACGGUCGGUUGAGGAUUUUAGACAUGGCUUAAUUUUAUUCCUCAGGAGGGAAGCCCCGCCUAGACCUCCCCUCUUCUUUCAUGGCACAAAUUGAUGAUUUUUUUUAUUUUUUAUUUCAUACUGCUGUGUUUGUUA